CAAUGCAUAUCAGCUAUACCGCUCUUAAAGCAGUCAAGUUUAAAAUUACACUACGUCAAACAGAGUUUCCUUUACUAGCAACAAAACAGCCUCAAGAUGAACAGUGGCAACGAUGCAGCUGCACUUACGGAUUUUUCCAGCGGCAGUCUGGAGGGUGGAAACAAGAUAAAGCGCUCUGAUUUUCCCUCAGAUUUUAUCUUUGGUUCGGCAACAUCUGCUUAUCAGGUUGAAGGUGCUUGGGCAGCAGGAGGAAAAAGUCAAAGCAUCUGGGAUGUCUUCACAAUGCAAACACCUGGUAGAAUUCAGGGUGGAGCUAAUGGGUGUGUAGCAAUUGAUCAAUAUAAUAGGUGGAAGGAAGAUGUGGCUUUGUUAAAGAAAGUGGGUUUAGACUCUUACAGAUUUUCAAUUGCAUGGUCCAGAGUGUUGCCAGGGGGAAACUUAUCUGCUGGGAUAAACCAAGAAGGAAUCAAGUACUAUAAUGAUCUUAUAAACUUGCUCUUGGCUGAAGGCAUUGAACCCUGUGUAACUAUCUUCCAUUGGGAUGUUCCCCAAUAUUUGGAAGAAGAGUACGGUGGCUUCUUGAGCCCUCGAAUUGUGAGAGAUUUUGGUGACUUUGCCGAGCUUUGCUUUUGGGAAUUCGGUGAUCGGGUAAAGUAUUGGAUCACUUUGAAUGAACCGUCGUCCAUGGCUAUUCAAGGUUAUGCAACAGGUACUUUUGCACCUGGUCGUGGUCCAACUUCAGCAGAGCCUGUAAAGGCUAUCCCUCCUCAUAGAUGUGAACUUAAGGCUCCAACUCCUUGCCCCAGUGGAAAUCCAGGCACAGAACCAUAUAUUGUGGCACACAAUAUGAUCCUUUCUCAUGCAAAAGCGGUAGAUAUCUACAGGAAAAGAUAUCAGGCACAUCAAGGAGGCAAGAUAGGAAUAACAAAUGUUGCUCAGUGGUAUGAGCCACUUACUAACAGCAAAGCUGAUAAAGAGGCUGCUUCAAGGGCCCUCGAUUUUAUUUUGGGAUGGUUUUUAGCACCAAUAGUAACUGGUGACUACCCACCAGUUAUGCGAAAACUAGUUGGAGACCGUCUUCCCCAAUUUACACAAGAACAAGCUAAGUUGGUGAAAGGGACUUAUGAUUUUCUGGGCAUAAAUUAUUAUACAAGUAUUUAUGCUAGCAAUUCACCUAGACAAAGUGGUGCAGCAGUAAGUUACUCAAAUGACCAGGAUGUUUCAUUAUCCAGUGACCGUGAUGGGACGCCUAUUGGCCCACAGGCCGGUUCAAGUUGGUUGUCUAUUGUUCCAAACGGGAUAUACAAGCUGUUGGUUUAUAUAAAGAAAACAUAUAAUAAUCCUAUUAUAUACAUAACGGAGAACGGGGUGGAUGAAGUAAACAAUACGGCCCUAACAGUGUCAGAUGCUCGAUUUGAUGAGACAAGGAUUAAAUUUCACCAGGACCAUCUCUUUUAUAUUAAGAAAGCAAUGGAAGAAGGUGUGGAUGUGAAGGCUUACUUUAUAUGGUCAAUGUUUGAUACUUUUGAAUGGGCUGCUGGAUACAGUGUUAGAUUUGGCCUUUUUUACGUAGAUUACGUUAAUGGCUAUUUGACAAGAUUUCCAAAAACUUCUGCUAUAUGGCUAAUGAAUUUCUUGGACAAGAAGAGAAUCACAUUGAAGAGACAAGCUCCAGAAGAUGAAGAAGAGCAUGGCUCUGCGAAGAAGGCUAAGAAGCAGUGAAGCGUAAAAUUAGUGUGGUCGUAUUUCAUUUGAACUGUUAUGUUGAAUGCUGCGAAGAAGGCUAAGAAGCAGUGAAGCGUAAAAUUAGUGUUAUCAAUUUUUUUUUAUCUUCCUUUUGUUUGGGCCUUUCAAAUGGCAACUUUCUACCUUUUAUAUUUAAUAAAUGAAAACCUUAUUUUUA